AUGGAGUACUGGUCUAGACUUCCAAAUGAGAUCCGCCACAUGAUCUGGGUUAUUGUGGCAGAGAACUGUACCUAUGAUCCGUCCCGGCCAUCUGUGCGCGCCGGUUAUGCCGCCGUUGAUCAACAAUGGCAGCGCUACUUUGAGCCCCUGAUUUUCUCAGCGAUCGUUGUUGACAAUGACCGAGUCCACGACAUGAACGAAAUCAUCACGAAGCACCCGGUGCGCCGGAAGGCAGUAAAGCACAUCUGGCUGAAAGUCAAACUUGCCGAGUAUGAUUGCGGAGAGUCCGAGGUGCCGGAAUCAGCCGAGACUAAGAAGCUCAACGAGAUAUACCUGACCGACACUCUGUGGAAUCUUCUUUCGGUCAUGGCAGCCUGGAGACGGCCAAGACCGGGUCUCUAUAGGGGCAUCCUUGAGGAAGGCAUCACUCUUGAUAUCGCCGUAUUCUCGCCAAGCGACUGCAAGCACACCUUUCGCGACUUCCGCCUAUGCCCAGACUACCCAUUGCAGUCGAGAGAUCCGGCCCUGAUGGACUUCGUAGUCAGCCCGGCCAAGUUCCUUCGAACGCAUCGACAUAGCCGCAAGACGUUCGGGCUCAAAGAGCCUGUUGAUGAUCAUGACUGCCGUGGCUGGAACCGAGUCCCCGUGCUUGGUGAAUCCAUUGGAGCAAUUGCCCGAAUCACGGGAGAGAGGCCGCUCAACCUAGACUUUUCGGACUUCUCUUUCCACAGCGAGAGGCGAUUCCCCGAGCUGCCGGUCGUGUCACAAUUGGUGUUGCGGCGCCAGUUUUAUCGAUCUGUGGCCCCCAAUGUUCUGUCCAAGCUCCUUGAUGAGAGUUUUACCUGCCUCACUGCAUUCUCCCACGAGCAAUUUCCCGACGGUUUUGGAGGGCAUAACCAUGGGAUUUUUGGUACAGACUAUGUCGACUUUCUGUGCGGUCAUCGUCGUCGUGGAGAGAUUUUCCCUGCGCCGAACCUGGGCCGAACAGAGCGAGGAUCUCCGCUCCCGAAGAGCCUUACCGCCUUGAUAGUUUUCCAAGACUCAGAUCUACGGUUGGGCCAUCGUGGACGAGCGAUCUGCCUUGACUUCCCCAAUACCGAAGCGAUCUGCGACAGCCUCCGUUGCUUGGAUCUCCAAAAGAUCGCGCUCUCACACAUCGUCUCCGCAGAGGGGUUCCUCGCCGACUACACCAUCCCGAAGUUGCAGUCUGGAUUUCUUCACCAGACCAUCUCGCAAGUCUCAAACCGGUGCAUGUUUGUAUGGCCGGAGCUGAAGCACAUCGCUCUGACAUCAGACACGUUCGCCAACCACCCGGGCCAUUUGAGUUCCGUUGUGGACCUGGCCGUGAAGAUGUUGAUAGCCCUCGAGUUUAUGCCAAAGGUGGAGAUUUUUGAGAUCUGGUCCGAGAACAAAGACAACCGCCUAGUUCUACAAUUCCUCCGAGCGCCGGGAGGACCUGGGUGCAUCACGCUCCUCGGUGAGCAGCCGAUCGGGAUGAGCGUAAUCCUGGGGGUCCAGUCCGCCUUGGACACCGUAUUCAAUAAUGCCGAGGGUCCAAUUCCUGCAUUGACCGUCUCAGGUGGCAUUGGACGAGAUAUGCUUGACCACCAUGCGCUACGCUGUAUGGUACUUGAGCCGAUUUCGGCAUUCCAGCGCGAGGUUGAACGCCACGCGCGGCGGAACGCUUAG